AUGAAUGAAGAAUUUUAAAUUAAUUAUUUUCAACAUAUGUGGGAUUAAUAAAUUUAAGCCUCUUUAUUAAUAUAUUAAUUUAAGAAAGGUUCAGAUUAUCUAGAAAUAUAUAUUAACAAAUGUGGAAGUUCAUGUCUGUAAUGCAAAAAUGAUGAUUAAUAGUAUAUUUGUGAACUAUGUACAUUAAACUAUUUGGGUGAUUAGAUAAAAAUCUAAAAUGGACUUUAUUGUCCUGAAUGUCCUCGACUUUGCUAGAUUUGUAGAGCACGUUCUCUUGAAGAGAUUAAAGUAUAUUCAAAUAUUAUAUAUAUUUACACUAUUAAUCCUUUAUUUUAAAUGAAUGAAUAAAUUUUAUUCAUAUAUAAUAAUGUAUUUUACCUAUUAAGUAUCCUUUUGUUUUUCAUGAUCUUUACCAAAAAAUAACUUAAUAUUUUUUUGAUGGUAUUUGCCAUCGCGAAUUUGAAUUAGAAUUUUAUGUAAAUAAUUUCUUUUUCCACAGAUUUCCAACAACUCUUCAUUUUACAAUAUCAAUACAGAAUAUUUUAAUCACAUUGGAAUAAAUACACUUAAUUGUUACUUAUAAUUUGAUUUCAAAGAGGAUUUUUGUUAAAUAGUUCCAACAUUGAAAAGUAAGGCAUCAAUAAAAGUAGACAUCUUUACACUAAGCAAUAUAAAUAUCAUAGUUAACUAUUUUAAUCCAUUCUUUCUUGUUUUUAUAAAUUUAAUAAUAUUGAAGAUUACUUUAGGGUAACUUUUAUUAAUUUUAGUUUUAUAUUUCAAGAACAUUUGUAGCACAAUAUUGAAUUAUUGAAUAUUCAUAAUGAUGUUGAUUUAUCAUUAAUUGAUUGUGCAAUAAUGAAUAGUAGCAUCUUUAAUGUUAUAUUUUUAUUUUAUGCUGAAUAAUUUGGCUAAAUCAAUUUAUAAUACUUUUCAAUUAUAAAUACAAUUAUUAAAAAUUCUUCAUUAUUUAAUUUUUAACUAUUAUAAUUACAAGGAUAAAUGACUAUUGAUACCUUAUAUAUUGUAAAUUGUACAUUUAUAUAUUCCUAAUUUUUCUAAUUUUAAAAAAGAUUAUAAAAUAUUCGAAUUCUAAAUUUAACUUUAGAUUCAUAUGUAUACUAAAAUGCUUAUCUUUUUACUUUUUAUUUAUAUUACAUUAAAGUAACAACAUUCUAGAUGAAAAAUAUUGUAAUUAAAAACAAUUAUUUUCAACUUUCAUAUUUCCUUUUUGCUCAUAAAUUAUUAAUUAAUAUAGUCUUAACUAAUGUUAUAUUGGAUAUAAAUAGAAUAGAAAAUUCAAUAAUAUUUGGAUUUAGUUAUAGUUUAUCUGCUCAUUACAUUCAAAUUAAAGAAAAUAUAUUUAUUGAAUCCCAAUUCUUAUAAACAAUUGAAAUAAUAAUCGACAAAAUCACUUAAUGUUCUAUUUUUGAACUUAUUGUAGAAAAUAAUGUACUUCAAAGUAUUAAUUAAUUUCAUAUAUUUUCAAAUUCUUAUUCAAAUAAAUUGUUAAUUUCUAUUACAUCUGUUCAAAUCUUAUAAAACAUUAGAUCAAUUAAAAAAAAUUAAUAAAGUUAAAUAUUUAAUAUUAACAGUAAAACAUUAAGUUUAAAUAACUUUAUUAUUAGCAAUAACUAAGAAAUAAUUAUUUUAAAUCUUUAUGAUAAUGAAGAUAUAACACUAAACAAUUUCAUUUUGAGAAUUAAAAGGUUUAUUAAAAGGUCUUUGUUUCAAAGAAUUGUUUAUAACGAUAAAAUCUAUAAAAUCAAUUAAUUUUAAUGA